AAAUAUAAAAAAUACAAUUUUUUUACUCUGACAUCCGACAACUUUUGAUCUCACUUUCUUUGAAUUCAUAGUGUAAUUUAGCAGUCACUUUGUUUCACUUUUCAAUGAACUAUGAUUUCAGUGCAUUUUAUAAUAUUGUUUGUUGUUACUGAGAAAUGAGGCUAAUUUAACUCCAACCGAUCAUAAUUGGGCAUUUCCUGUAGGCCUGAUACUCCUGGGUGUGUAAGAUGAAAAAAAGCAGUCAUUGCCCUUGUAUUCUUUCAGAUCUCAAGCAGUGGUUCUUUACGGGUAGCAAUUUCACCUUUCCAUCAUGAAGCAAUGUCUAAAGAUGUAUUUUCUUAUGGAUUCAUAAUAAUUGUACAUAUUUAUGAGAUACAUGUGAUAUUUGAUACAUGCAUACAAUGUGUAAUGAUCAAAUGAGGGUAGUUAGGAUAUCCAUCACUUCAAACAUUUUUCAUCGUCUCAGUUGAAGGGGAGAUGCUACUGUUAUCCGGCUCAUAGUGAUCAGAGAUGCUCCUAAACAUUUGACAACACACAAGGCAGCCCUACAAAAACAAAAUUAUUAUAUUGAGCCCAAAGUCAACAGUGCUGAGGUUGAAAAACCUGUUUUAUAUAUGGUGAGAAAUAUGUAAUACAUUUUAUAAGUACUAUUCUAGGAACAUGAAUGACAUACUGGGGAAACUUAAAGGAAGGGGAACUGGGGGUAGGGAAAUGUUGAAGAAAGCUUUAGGGAGGAAGUGACAUUGAGCUUGACACAGAAGAAUGAGCCUGGUUUAGCCAGGGGAGGAUGGAAAGGCAGAGGGGCAUUCUGGGUAGAGAUACCAAGAUGAGAAAAUGUAGAAAACUAAUCAUGCCACAAAGCUUUUAGUGUAUGCAAUUAUUACAGAGGUAGACUUCAAUUCAUGGUUAUGUACAAAUGAGGUUAACAUAAUUCUAUCAUCUUCUUUCUGUGGAUUUUAAGCUGCAUGUGUACAACCUUAGAAAAGAGGCAAAAAAUCGUUUUCUACUAGGAGGAGGACACUUUCCCAGCUCCCUGCCUUUAGUUGUCCUACCAUGCAGUCAGUAUAUCUACAGAUUGCUAAUUUUUGUCAAAUAUUUCUAGACCUGGAACUCAAGGAAAGGGCUUAAACAGCUAGAACCAUCUGGAAGAUAGCAAGGUCCUUUUAACUAGACAAUGGAGAAUACCAAGACCUUCAAAGGCCUCACUGAUAGAAAAAACAUCACCACCAAAAGAAACAGAGAGCCGCCCAGCAUUUUCUUAGAUUCUGACGGAUUUAUGCAGUGACCCAGAGCAUGAACUCUGGGAAUCCCACCCCCCUAAAAAAAAUCUCUUUUUGUAUGUUUUUUUUUUUUUUGAAAAGUGAUAGAAUCUCUUUUUGCUUGCAUUUUCCUCUUCUUUAAAUGGGUGCAAUGAUGUCUAUAUCAUGGGAUUUUUGUUUUGAAAACUAAAUAUCAUGCCAUUUACAGUCAGGCAUUCAGGAAGUGCUAAAUAUUAGUUCUUUUCAUAUUCCCCAUUACAGUCUGAAAACAUGGGGGUUUGUCUAAAGACCAGUCAGCCCUGUGUUUUAGGAGACACUAUAAGCAAGCUUCUAGCCUUCCUGGUAGACAGAGAAGACAUUGCAAAAGAUAACUUUAUAAUAGGAAAAAGCUAAGUGCUGUGGGCAGAUAAUGAGGUGUUUAAGAACCAUCCAAUUAACGAAAUGAAACAAGUGUGGUACACUCAGUGGGUGCGCUGAAGAAGUCUUUUGAAAUGUUGAUGCCAAUGGCAGACAUGGUAAUUUUAAAAGGUCCAUAUUUAAAUUAGUAAAAAUGAGAAAAGGAAGGAGUUAUGUGGGGAGGGAGUAAGGUUGAAAGCAAGCAAGAUUAGUUUAUAUUGAAGAAAAAUUCAGUCUCUCCAGUGAUUAAAAAACAACCAUAAACUCCACCUGGGAAAAUAGCAUCACUUUUUCUCCCACUGAGCAGUUGGUAUUAUUAACAUUUCUCUUUGCUAUUGUGUUUCAACUUGCUUAGAUUCCUGAUAGUUAUGGCAGAAUGUAAACAAAUUGUUUUCUGCUUCCUAUGAGCAUAAAUACCAGAAUUAAUAUGAAUAUAUAUCUCACAAACAUGUACCUCUUAUUUCUAAUGUUUAUUUUUUAGUUUCAAAUUUCAUUAAUAGUGAAUUUUAUUACUAUGGAACUACCUACUUAUAUAAUAUAAUCCAAGAAAGAUGAACGUAUUAAUAAAACUAGGAUGCUUUUUCUUAUAACCUCAUAAAUAGUGAUUUGAGGGCCCCCUCAAGAAUUAUUUAAAAAUCACAAGGUAUAUUUCAGUUUCUUUUAGUUAGUAUCUUUUCUUCUGGAACAAAUAUUAGGAAUGAGGAAAGCCACAUGUUUCUGUUCAUAUUUCUGGUACUAAUAGAAGAGAUGACUUUUAUCACAGUUAAGUUUAUAACAGUUUUAUCACAGUUAAGUUUAUCACAGUUAAGAAGAAUGCAUCUAUCAUAUACAUCACAGAAGCAUCUAUAUCCCUUAAUCACUGCAGAGGUGAAGUACUAAGGCAAAAGUCUACAAAGUUAACCAAAGAUAAACUAAUACUGAGUACUUGAAGUCUGGAAAACAUAUAGACCAAUUCUAUUUUAAAUCUUUUUAUUCCCUCAGUAAUUCAUAAAAAAAUAGGACUUUAGCAAUCUAUGGCAUGUUUAUAAGAAUUUAAAGUUUCCAAAUAUCUGAGGUAGAAUUUAUAAUAGCAGUAUAAUGAUAAAAUAGUUAAAAAUAAUACCUAUAAAAAUAAGUCUCUAUUGAACACUAAGCCCUAGGCACAGUACUAGUAGCAGUAUUUUAUUUAAUACUAAAAACAACCCUAUGAAAGAGAUAAUAACCACAUUAUUAUUCACAUUCUACAAGUGAGGAACAUAACCCUUAGAAUACAUUAAUAAUUUGAUUGAAUUCAGGCAGCCAGAAACAAUGAUGAAAUCAAUUUGAUUGUUCAGCAAAUCUGCAGUUGUUUUUAAUGAAAUAUAUUGAAAUGGAAGAAAGAAGUAUUAAAGUGCAUCACGUAUUGUAAGAUUUGGUUGGUGACAUUUUUCUUUAAGUUUUGAAGGCAUAGGAAGGCAGCAAGUAGGGAGGGUUGUGUUGUACUGUGGAAUGAAUUUCUCACCAGGAGAUAUGAUAGAAAAUCUAUAAAUUUUGGAGCAUCUACACUAGAGAAUACUCUUCCCCACCCACCCCUGUAAUGCUGUUACAUAAUCCAAACAAAAUAAAUAUAAAUGUCUUAUUUUGUAUCUUCCUGAUUGGCUCAGAAUAUUUAAAGGCCCGAAAGAAUGAAUCUUGCUCAGUAUCUCAGCCAGUUCCUUUGGAUUAAGUAUAAAGAAAUAUAAGACAGAAUAGAUGGCAUCCUAAUUCAAGACAGCUAAUUAGCAGCAUAUUUGAGAGUAGAAUAUGUGUAGCCUACUACUGUUAGGUGUUGUGUUUUUCACUCUUUUCGUUUUUCUUUAUUCUCCUAGGAAUUGAGGAUCAUAUUAAUAAAGCAUCAGAAAUAAGUUGUAGGAUGACAGCACCUACUCAUUGAUUAUCUGUAACAUAUGUGAGCUUUUCCAUUAUAAUCAAAUUACAACAGUGACUAUUCAUCAAGUCCUGAAGUUUUGCCUCUUUGGCAAAACACUAUGUUUAAGUAUAAGCCUUGACUUUUAUAAAGGGUGGGGCUUUUAAUACAAAUGAGAAAAAAGGUAUUUAUUCAUAAAUAACAUAGUAACAUAUGAAAAUAAUAGGUUAAAAGAGUUUUCAAGUGAAAUGUAUGGAGUUAUAGUCUUCAGAGGGAGAGGAAAGAGGUAACUUUGGCUUAGAUGAUAAGUAAGGAAAUUGUGUAAGAGAUGAAUUUGAGUACAGUUUUAAAAUAGUCUCAGGAUAUACCCAAGAUUAAUGAAGAUCUAGUCAACUUUGAAAUGCAUAUUAGACUAAUGGAUGAAAAAAAACAGAUUGUCACAACAAAGCUCACAAACCAAGUAGCGGAAGAAUGAACUGCUUAACUGCUGAAUGACUCUUUAGGGCCCAUUGAUGUUAUAAUGCAAUUUUGACCUAGUUAUUCUUGAGCUAUUCAUUGGAAAAACUCUAUAUAUACCAUUAUUUCAAUCUGAGUGCAAUGGAAUAGAAUAUGUCAAUAUCUCUAGUACAAUAUAAAUAGCAAUAAUCAAUACUUUAAGGUCAAAUUUUCCCUCUUCCUUGAAGCCAAUUCAACAUAUACAUUGUUGCAUUAUACUUAGAACUUAAAUAUUUUCCUGAUUUUUAGAAACAAAUUUCUCGUGCCUGCAUCUGUGCUACUUAAACAGAUUAUAAACUUCUAGCUGCUCUUGACUUUUUCUAAUCACAUUCCCAGUUCUUUGCACAUGCUAGCUACAUGAUGAGUGAAGAUUUCAUGAGUGAUUAAUAGACAUAAGUUUUCUGUGUAUGGUUAUAGAGUGAUAAAAUUAACUUGUCAAAUUCUCUUGCAUUUCUAUGGUAUUAACUACAUUUUACCAAUUACUAUAGCUAUUUAUGUACUUGGUACAUUCCCAAUUAACUUUUAAAGUGUUUGUGGCAGAUAGCAACUCUUACUUCUACUUAUAGACCCCAGCACACUGUACCAAACACACUACCUGCACUUAGUAGAUGUUAAAUGAAUAUUUGUCAAAUGGAAAUUGAAAAGUUAAAAAUAUAUAUAUAAUAAAUGAUGUACAUAGGAAGCCUAGCAUAGAAUGAGUACAUGGAGAGGUCUCAGUAAAUAUCAGCUAAAUGAGUGAACUAGUCAUGAAUUCUAAUUCUAACUUUGGUCACUAGUUGUGAGGCAUGGUCACAUCCCUUCUUUCGGAGACUCAGUUUUCUCGUCAAUAAUAUAAGAUGUUUAGAUUUGAAGAAUAGUUUUCUAACUACUUUUCAGAAUCUAGGAAGGUACUUCAUGAGUCCCAUGAAAAAUCAGUGUUUUCUUAACCAAUAUUUAAAGUGCUUUAGCUUAGCUUGGGCCCAAGAUAUUCUUUAAAGGAUGAGCUCCAUUGCUAAAUUGUUUGAAAAAUAUUGAUGUAGAUUCCAGUGUAGAAAUGUACUUCUUUCGAGCCAAUUUGAACACGUGAAACAUAAAAGUCUAUCUUGUUGUCAUUAAAUUACAAUACAAGAAAUGGACAAGAAGUCCUGUUAUUCCAGAAGUCAAAUUUAAAUGAAUUUGACUUUAAUUUUAUAUGAAUAAUUGAAAACAACAUUAAUUAAUUGCAAAGUCAUGUAACAGUUUCUUUGUUGCAGAAAGAAAGAAAUGUAUGUUCAUUUGUCAUGAAUACCAUGAAGUGCUUCAAAGAAUAAUAAUUUUUUUCAGAGUGGUAUUAUAAUUUUUUUUUCUUUUCCUCAUUCCAUAUUGUCAUUUUAGUUAAAAGAGGAGCAUGGUUAAAACAUUCUACUGAAUUGCUCCUUUGAUGAACACUUGGGUGGUUUAGGGGCUUGUUUACCUCUCCCCAGACAAUUUAGAUUGGCAGUUGGGAAGUAAAAGUUUGCUCAUUUGAUUGUUUUAUUGGAAUAUAAAGAUGGCUAUUGAUUGAUGUUUUUUAGACUCUAAAAUCAAAGAUGCUGAGCCUGAGACAUUUAUCAGUGGCUUAGUAUUAAUCACAAUAAUAAUGGUAAAUAAUAGUAGUAAUAAUAAUAAGAAGAAAUGUAGUUAAUUUUAUUAGUUGUUUACUUGUGCCAGACAGUGGGCUAAUCUUUUAAAUAUAAAAUUGAAUUUAUUUAUCAUGACCAUGCUGUAUGGCAGGUUCCAUUAUGACAGGAGAGAAAAUUGAAGACUUUUCCCAAAGUUAAGACUUACUAUGUGAUGAUUCCGGAUCCUUUGAACAUAACCAUUUAUUAAGAAUGGAAAUAAAAGGACACACAUAGAUUUCACGUAAGGUAGAGUGUAAUGAGUGUUAUAGGAGAGACAUAUGCAAUUAUAAUUCUCUAAGAUCAUUCAUUCACUUAUUGAUUCAUUCAUUUAGUUGUGCAGCUGUCCUCUGAACAUUCACAAUAUUCCUUUUUUCCAGAAUGCCAGUGAUAGCAGGUCCUUAGAGCACCACCCAUACUUUCAUCAUCAGAAUUCCUUUCUCUUGCAUCCUUGAAAUCUGGUCACAGAGCCCUGUUACCAAGUACCUUUAGCAAUAAACAUGUUCCCUACAGUCAAGGGAUGUCUGUUGCUUGGUUUCUGAAGAUGGGAGUUGGGCCAAACUUGGUUUCCCUGUACCAUCCGUUCUUGGCUUUACUUAAUAUAACCAGUUAGAAAUUUAUGAUCAUCCUUUUUCAACAAGUUGAUCCUUCUCUGAGGCCGCUAUUUGACUCCCUCUCAUUUUUAUACAUCUUUCUUCAGAGUUAACAUUGUCAUGUUUCUAUAAGAUUAAAACAAUGCAAUCAUAUAAAGUGUUUAGGACAGUGCCCAGCACAUAAUAAACACUCUAUAAAUAAUAGAUGACAAUAAUGAUUGUACUAAUAACAUUGUUAUCUUUUAGAUGAGACAGUUUUUCUAGAAUUCUUAUCUUCUAGGUUGACUACAUUUUAUAUACAAUUACUUAGGUAUAUAUACUAGUUUUCCUUAAAUGUGUCACUGCCAAUAGGACACAGUACUUCAGAUUCAUUUGCAUAUGUUAUAAAAAUGAGCUCAAUCAAUUAAACUCUGGUUUAAUGAUUGGCUUAAUUAGUCAAUUACUAGAGACAUUGACAGUACCCACUUUUGCAUUUGUAAUAUCUGGGUUCUGCUGCCACCAUUUUUUUUUCUUUUUUUCAGCCACUGGGUUUAUGGUAUGGGUUCUGCCUUCUUGAAUUAUUAUAUUUAAAUCCCCCACACCAUUUAAUGACAAUGGAGAUUAGGUCUAGAUGAUCUCUUUAAGAUUUUAAAAACUUAAACCAUUACCCGACUUUCUGAUUUCCCAAUAGAAAACAAUAAUAAUGAAAAGAAGAAAAAGGGAAAAAUGGAACUUAUUUAAAAAAAUAAAAGUCAUUUCAAAGAUACUGACCCAUACAAGAAUGACAAAUGGAAGAUAAGUAAAAGUAGUUAAAACAUUGCCAGCGACCAUGACAGAAUCUCUAUUCAGAGGCUGAAUUUGUCUUUUAUUUAUUAUGCAUACCAACUCUUUGUUUAUUAACAUAAUAAAAUUGUAAUACAAUAAAAAAAAAAAGGUUUUCAAAAAAGACCAGACCAGGUCAGACAGCUGAUUAAAGGAUGCUAAAAUGUGCAGCUCCCUGGAGCCUAAAGUCCCUUUUAAGCUUGAUUUUGAAUGACUGGUCCAGGCAGGGAGUCUUCUAGGAGGAAAUGCAUCUUUGUCUGGGGUUAAGUCAAGGGCUAAACUCCCAGGGCUCCAGUGAACCUUGAGGAGAAAUUCCUGAGGCAGAACCCAGACAGAGGGAGUCAUCAGAUCCUCAGAAUGGGGAGGAGAGGAUUUACCAUCACUCUGGGAUGAGUUUCAGUUGCAGCACUUCUCAGGCGAAGAGCAUGCCUACAGCCUUUCUCUUCUGCUUUGCUUGUAUGUGGUGGCUACUAGCAACCUAUAUGGUUCUGAAGUGUCCAGCAGAGAUUAUAGGAUCAACCAGCGGGAACAUCAAUAGUGCCAAGUGGCAUUUUAAAAUCUUUUCAAAUUUUUGUAUGUUGCUUUUGAAGAGGGAAUAUUCUAGGUUGUGGUCUCUAUUCUUGCAGAAUAAUGGCAUUUUCAGGCUAUAUGGACCUUUCAUCAUCUAGUCCAAUCACCUCAUUUUACAGAUCAAGAAACUGAGGCUGAGAGAAAAGGGACUUGCCAAGAGUUACUCAGCUAAUCAGUGACAACAAUGGAAAUUGCGACUGUUUGAACUCCAGAAGGACCAACACCAGAUAAAUUAUGAAUGUUGAACAAGAUGACCUUACAUCCACAGCAGAUAAUGAUAGGUCCUAGGUUUAACAGGGCCCUAUUUGACCCCCUGCUUGUGGUGCUGCUGGCUCUUCAACUUCUUGUGGUGGCUGGUCUGGUGCGGGCUCAAACCUGCCCUUCUGUGUGCUCCUGCAGCAACCAGUUCAGCAAGGUGAUUUGCGUUCGGAAGAACCUGCGUGAGGUCCCGGACGGCAUCUCCACCAACACACGGCUGCUGAACCUCCAUGAGAACCAAAUCCAGAUCAUCAAAGUGAACAGCUUCAAGCACUUGAGGCACCUGGAAAUCCUACAGUUGAGUAGGAACCACAUUAGAACCAUUGAAAUUGGGGCCUUCAAUGGUCUGGCGAACCUCAACACUCUGGAACUCUUUGACAAUCGUCUUACUACCAUCCCGAAUGGAGCUUUUGUAUAUUUGUCUAAACUGAAGGAGCUCUGGUUGCGAAACAACCCCAUUGAAAGCAUCCCUUCUUACGCUUUUAACAGAAUUCCUUCUUUGCGCCGACUAGACUUAGGGGAAUUGAAAAGACUUUCAUACAUCUCAGAAGGUGCCUUUGAAGGUCUGUCCAACUUGAGGUAUUUGAACCUUGCCAUGUGCAACCUUCGGGAAAUCCCUAACCUCACGCCGCUCAUAAAACUUGAUGAGCUAGAUCUUUCUGGGAAUCAUUUAUCUGCUAUCAGGCCUGGUUCUUUCCAGGGGUUGAUGCACCUUCAAAAACUGUGGAUGAUACAGUCCCAGAUUCAAGUGAUUGAACGGAACGCCUUUGAUAACCUUCAGUCACUAGUGGAGAUCAACCUGGCACACAACAAUCUAACAUUACUGCCUCAUGACCUCUUCACGCCCUUGCAUCAUCUAGAGCGGAUACAUUUACAUCACAACCCUUGGAACUGUAACUGUGACAUCCUGUGGCUCAGCUGGUGGAUAAAAGACAUGGCCCCCUCCAACACAGCUUGUUGUGCCCGGUGUAACACUCCUCCUAACCUAAAAGGGCGGUACAUUGGGGAGCUUGACCAGAAUUACUUCACAUGCUAUGCCCCAGUGAUUGUGGAGCCCCCUGCAGACCUCAAUGUCACUGAAGGCAUGGCAGCUGAGCUGAAAUGUCGGGCCUCCACGUCACUGACAUCUGUGUCUUGGAUCACUCCAAAUGGAACAGUUAUGACACACGGGGCUUACAAAGUGCGGAUAGCUGUGCUCAGUGAUGGUACGUUAAAUUUCACGAAUGUAACCGUGCAAGAUACAGGCAUGUACACAUGUAUGGUGAGUAAUUCCGUUGGAAAUACUACUGCUUCGGCCACCCUGAAUGUUACCGCAGCAACCACUACUCCCUUCUCUUACUUUUCAACCGUCACAGUAGAGACUAUGGAACCUUCUCAGGAUGAGGCUCGGACCACAGAUAACAACGUGGGCCCCACUCCAGUGAUCGACUGGGAGACCACCAAUGUGACCACCUCUCUCACGCCACAGAGCACAAGGUCGACAGAAAAAACAUUCACCAUCCCGGUGACUGAUAUAAACAGCGGGAUCCCAGGAAUUGAUGAGGUCAUGAAGACUACCAAAAUCAUCAUUGGGUGUUUUGUGGCCAUCACACUCAUGGCUGCAGUGAUGCUGGUGAUUUUCUACAAGAUGAGGAAGCAGCACCAUCGGCAAAACCAUCACGCCCCAACAAGGACUGUUGAAAUCAUUAAUGUGGAUGAUGAGAUUACGGGGGACACACCCAUGGAGAGCCACCUGCCCAUGCCUGCUAUCGAGCAUGAGCACCUGAAUCACUAUAACUCUUACAAAUCUCCCUUCAACCACACAACAACAGUUAACACAAUAAAUUCAAUACACAGUUCAGUGCAUGAACCGUUAUUGAUCCGAAUGAACUCUAAAGACAAUGUACAAGAGACUCAAAUCUAAAACAUUUACAGAGUUACAGAAAAACAAUCAUUAAAAAAAAAGACAGUUUAUUAAAAAUGACACAAAUGACUGGGCUAAAUCUACUGUUUCAAAAAAGUGUCUUUACAAAAAAAACAAAAAAGAAAAGAAAUUUAUUUAUUAAAAAUUCUAUUGUGAUCUAAAGCAGACAAAAUUAUGUGUAUUCCUCAGAACCUGUUUUUGCUGCACUUAUUUACUAUUUUCCCACAUCUCGUCCCUCCCCUCCCUGAUUGCCAUAUUUUUCAUAGGAGAUCUCAAUUCCCUAAAGAACUGGUCUAGGAAAUUUUGUAAGAAUUCUGUUAUACUUUGAGAUUUUUAUGGUGAAUUCUAGUGGUGAGAUCCAGUCUAUUUUGUCUCUCUUUUAUUAAUUUUUUUCUUUUUCCCUCAUACUCUUAUGAAGUAGUCCAAUGGGGAAUGCAAUAUUAGAAAUAGAUUUUUAAGAAAGAACAAGGAAAAAAUGCAAGAUCUUAUAUUUUUCAUGCAAUGACCUGUUCUGUAUUUAUGAGGAGGACCAUUCUAUGGAGAAGAAAAAAAAAGUAAGCAAACAACAGAUUAAUUUACAUAUGAGCAUCUAUAAAACCCAUGACUUUUAAACAACUCUAGAACCAGAAUUUGUAGUUCAAAAGCUAAAAAUAAGAUUAUAAAUAAAAUAUUGUUGGUUUUUCUGUACUUGGACACAACUCAUUUGUAGUAUGGUUCAAAUGUGAGAAACUUGAAGGUAAUUAGAUUUCCUACUUCCUAAGAAAAAAUACUACAGUAUUCUUUAGUCAUAACAUCAACCUCUACAGGGUCCUGUUUGACUAGCUGACUUGAGUUUUAGAUGUGUAUUCAGGAUGCUGUGGUAUUUUUUCCUUCUUAUUAGGGUUACCCUUUGUAGAAAUGCUCAGGUUCAAAAAUAAUGAUUUUGUGAAGUAAAUUUAAUUCCACUUGAAAGAAAGUUUCAGUAUAAUUUAUUCACUGUCUCCUAAAUAAAAUUUCAUUGGCUAGAUGAAAGUAUUAUAAGAUAUCUGGAAUUGAAAAAGAAUGUUUGGUGCUGAGUGUUAGCAAGUUCAGUUCAAUUCAGUGAUGAUUAUUAAUGAUCUACUAUGUGCUAAACACUGAUUUUUAGUAUUUUGGGUACACAAUUGACAAGAUCUGGUUCCCAUCCUUGAAUCACUCCCAGUCUAUAUGAAAAAUGAUUAAAUAAAUAAUCUCAGUUUGUCA